AUGACUUUCGAAAAAGAAGCAUAUGAUUUAAAAGAACAGUUCAAUAACCUUAUUAAAUUAUAUAAAAAACACGAAAAAAAGAAAGCAGAAAGAAUGCAGCUAUCUUCAGAUUUUUAUGCACAAGACGAAGAGCUUAAACGUAAGAUUUCUCUUUUUUAUAUGGAAUAUCGCAAUUUUAUAAAACCACGCAAAAAUAGCUUAGGAACAUUUAAAGUAGAUGACUAUAUUGCAUACAAAAGGAUGUGUAAAUUAGAAGACAAGAAUUUAUCAGAUACUACAUAUAAAAAUAAUUUUAGCAGUGACAGUACACACAGUAAAGUUAUGAGUGAUGAUAUUAAUACCAUGGGAUCAUUGUAUCAUCAGAAAUUAUACAAUAAUUCUUAUUAUAGAAAUACUUUUUCUGAGAAUCCUAAUUUAUACACUAAAGAUCAAAGACAAGUUUCCGGGCCUUUUAUUAAUACUAAGGAUAUUUAUAGGCCUGUAGAGCAAUCAAAUUUUAACACUCAAUCUAUGUAUCCUCACGACAUGCAAUUCUCUCGUAAUUCAAUGUUUAGUGUUAUUCAAAAUAAAAUACCAGAACAAUCUUUUAUUUCUCACAGCAAAUUUAAUAAUCGGCGAAUUGUAAACGAUAAAUUUGAUCAACCUUUUUCUGGAAAUUUUAAUCAAGCGAUGUCAUAUAAAAUUCAACAACCACAUGUGUAUCCUGUAAAUACAUUUCAAAAGCCUAUACAACAUGACACAAAAACCUCUUUUUCUUCUGAUAUUAAAUCUUCUUCGUAUAGCGUUGAAAGUAUAAAAUCACCACCCAAUUUAGGAAUGCAUAGAUCAUUUAAAACACCGAUGUUUAAUUCUAACUAUCCUUUUUCUUCUAAAAAUAUUGUAUCACCUUCACAUAUUAAUAAUCCUAAUAUUGUGCGAUCGCCGAAUUUACAAAGUAAAAGUCCUAAUAUGAUUUAUGAUAGUAAGCAGCCAACAGUAACAAGGCUAUCCUAUCCAAGACAAACAAUGCCAAUGAUGCAGACCACUGGUUUUUACCAUCAAAAUAGUUCUGAUUUUGUUUCUAAUAAUUCUCAUAUGUCUACUACUCAUCGUCCUUUAUCUUCAACAUUUUACGAUAAAUAUGUUCAGAAUCAAGUGUCUAUAAAUGACAUUUUUCAGUCUAAAAAAGCUAAGACGCCUGAAGCCAAGCCGAUAAUUCUGAACAAAUGCACUCUAACAAAUAAAAAAAUAGACGUUUUACAUUCACCUGCUAAAUUUAUAGAACAUAAAACUAUUGAAAAAUUAACAGAUAAAGAGUUAAGCGUUGAGGCUCGUAAUUUAUUGUAUGAAAUUUGCGAUAAUUUUGUUGAACACAUUAUUGUGUCUACAGGUAAUCUUGCUGACAAUAAUAAUAAGUGCGAUAAAGAUGACUUGAAAAUGGUACUUAAAAUGGAGUUUGGAAUAGAAUUUUAG